AUGGGCCGCUUCGAUGGUAAAGUUGUCUUGGUCACGGGUGGUAGCAGUGGACUGGGGCUGGCAUCAGCCGAACUAUUCAUCGGUGAAGGAGCUCUUGUUUACAUCGUGGACUUGGACGAGAGAGGUGUCCUCACAAAAUUGGGGCCGAAUGCGCGUUUCCGCAAAUGCGACGUCUCAAGCCCGGAAGACUGCGAAACUGCGAUCGUGGCUUGUUUGGCGACAUAUGGACGGCUCGACGUGCUCUUUCACAAUGCCGGAAUCAUCCACCCAUUGUCAAAAGUGGCAGAGCUCCCUGUGGCAACAUUUCGGCGCGUAACUGAAAUCGACCUGAACUCGCUAUUCUACUUGGCACGGGUGGCCAUUCCACAAUUCAAGCGCCAGGGCAAGGGUAAUAUUGUCACGACCGCGAGUACAUCGGGGAUCCGUGGGGAUCGAGGCCUAUGUGCGUAUGGUGCUGCGAAGGCCGGGGUCAUUAAUCUCACGAGAAUCAUGGCCUUGGACCAUGCAGAAGACGGCAUCCGUGUCAAUUGCGUCUGCCCAGGAAACAUGGUUACUCCGAUGACAGAAGGUUUCCGGCAAAACUUGGGGGCACAUGAAGCUCUGGUCAACAGUAUACCUAUGAAGCGUGGAGGGGAUCCUUUCGAGGUGGCCAAAGUAGUUUUAUUUGUGGCCUCGGAUGAAGCCUCAUACAUGACUGGUCAAGCUGUGAUAGUGGACGGCGGAUGGACCGCAGGGACGGGAUGUCCUGAUCUCCCGGCAUUACUUCGUUAA